UCUUGGAUCUUUUCUUUUUUGUUUUUAAGCACCUUUUUAUCUUCUCAAAUUGGAUAAGCUUCUUGGGAUUUUGUUAUGGUGAAUGAUAAAUUUCAUCGGUAUAUGAAUUAGUAAGAUUUAAAGAACUUGUAUUUUUAUAGACCCCAUAUUUGGCAGAUGUUGCAAAUCUUUAUUUUUCGUAGUUGAUUACGAAAAGGGUAUCAUAAUACCAAACUCUUAGUUGAGGAUUUAACAACUCCAGAACAAUUGUCAAUGUGCUGGAUUUUAUGUGGUCUAUUUGAAUUGUUACGUGAAGAACAAAUGCAAGCUGUAGGACUACUUUUGUAUAUAUUUAAUUCAAAUUAUCUGAAUCUGACCUCUUCAAAAUUGUUUUCUUGAGCCGAGGGUCUUUGGAAACAUACGUCUCUACCCCACAAGUAGAGUGGUGGUUUGUGUAGCUAACCUCUCAAGUUAACUUCCUCCAAUCAUUUCGCUUUUGGUAUUGGUUCCGAAUACGGUAGAAGGUAUAGAUAAAACCAACAAUGGCGUCUGUUGACAUUUUACUCAGGUUGACGAGUAACUACCUUCCUACUUCUGGGGUACCUUGUCGUUCAAAAAUCAGACUUUUUUGCCAUAAGUUAGAAACCUCUUCCUUUUAACUAGCCUGUCUUGAUAAGAUUGUUGUGAAGUUUCAAGCUUCACAUCUUCACUGGAGUGUUAGCUUGGUAGAAAUGGAUAGUCCAUCAGAUGACUUCUCUGCACCCGUCAUGCAGCUUCCAGACGAUUGUUUACUCUGUAUUUUUCAACACCUUGAUUGCGGACCUGACCGUGAGUCAUUUGGCUUAACAUGUCGUCGUUGGCUUCAAAUUCAAAAUCUGAAUAGAAGAUCUUUACAGUUCCAAUGCUCUUUAACUAUGCUUAAUAUUUCCUCGUUAUCUCAAAAUAACACCCAAAUCAGUACAUUCCAGUUAUAUAGGCUUCUGAACCGUUUCCAGCAACUAGAAUCAUUGUCCCUCUCUGGAUGCACCGAGCUUCCAGAUUCGGGUUUGGCUUUGUUGCCACCUCAUGGAUCAAAGCUGCAAAGUCUUAAUUUAGACUGUUGUUUUAGGAUAACUGAUAAUGGUCUUUCUUUUGUGGCUUCUGGCUGUUCUUCGUUGGUAAUACUAAGUCUUUACCGGUGUAAUGUUACAGAUUAUGGGUUAGAGGCCUUAUCUAAUUCUUGUGUAGCUUUAGAAGAUCUGAAUCUUUCAUAUUGCCCUCGAAUCUCUGAUUAUGGCAUAAGAACUAUUUCACAAAAGUGCCGUCAUCUUAGAGCUAUCAGGAUAUCCUAUUGUAGAAACCUAACCGGUGCUGGCUUUCAAGGAUGUUCUCAGACUCUGACUUAUUUGGAAGCCGAUUCAUGUAGGCUCGAGCCUAAUGGAAUACGGAGUAUCCUAAGUGGAGGUGGACUUGAAUAUUUGAGUGUGUGUAACUUGACCUGGUGUAUUCAUGUCGAUGGUUUAGUAGCUAUUAGUGUCGGAUUUGCUGCAAAGUUGAGAGUGUUAAAUUUCCGGUUCAGCAGAACGAUUGGCGAUAAUUGUAUCAUGGCAAUAGCAAAGGGUUGUCCAUUGCUUCAGGAAUGGAACUUAGCAUUAUGUCAUGGGGUCAUGAUAGGAGGGUGGGAAUCUAUUGCAUCACAUUGUCAUAACUUGAAGACGCUACACGUUAAUCGGUGUAGAAAUCUCUGUGACCGCGGAUUGCAAGCGUUGAGAACCGGCUGCAAAUGCCUCUCCAUCCUUUACAUUACCAGAUGUUCUCAGAUCAGUGCUGUAGCAUUGGAGAUUUUUAAACUUGCCAGAGGAAAUGUAGAGGUCAAAGAAGAAGAAAUAAUGUGUAUUUGCCCUCAAGGAGCCUUUCGGUUUUAAAUAGGUGGCAACAAUCUUCAAGAUUCUUGUGUAUAAUUUCUUAUGUUUUUUUUGUGUGCCUCAUAAGCAAAAGAUGAUUUGAUUAAUGCAUGUAUACAAUUACAAUAAAUAUUGCUCUACAAAUUGCAGAAACAUUGUUCAUUCCCCAUCCUCUAAGGGUAUGGAUUCAUACUUUAUAUUCAA